AUGGGACCUAUGAUGGGCUGCGGCCGCUCAUUCGUACAGCGGAGAAAAUGGAGCUAUCGUCAGGCUUGCAUCAUCAUAUGCCUGAGGGAAGCUAGCUCUGGGCCGUGCUGGCUCCGAGGUUUCGAGCUCCCGAGUGACAUAAUACGAGUUUCUAGCACACUUGCCCUGAACGUAUAUCACCAGUUUAACCCGGAUUAUGAUCCUCGGCAAGGGUGGUCUGCGUCGCAGGUUCGGAGAAUGAGGAGCUCCCGCCCGGGUGUUCUCGAACAUACCAACGGAGACUUACUCAGUAUUGGUUCGUCCAUGGCGCUGGUGACCUUUGUCGCAGUGGCCUACAGAAACUCAGACCAUCAGCAAAUCAUCGAGAUUUUGAAUGUCAACCGAUGUUACUUCACGAGUGAAACGGGAGACGGCGGCUCAUCUGAUAUUGAGGUUUCCAGCCAUGGCUCUCAUCUGUGGAAUGCCACGGCUGAAGCAUUGGACGAAGCAACGAAGGCUCAGUGUCGUUACUCUGAUGAGAGUGGGCGGUCUAGAUUGGCUAGGCGAUUUCUUGAGGCCUGCAUAAAUGACGCCACGCCGUGGAUGACAAUAUAUAACCUAAAAAUUUAUGAAAUGCCGACCCAUCUAUUACACAAUAUUGUCAAGCGGUGGGACGCAUGUCUAUCUCCGACAGAAGAUCAGCUUGUUGAAUGCGAAUUCCAGCUUGUUGCCGUCGAAACCAAAGGCUCUGAUGGCGGAUACGAUUCUUCGAGUCUUCGAUUGGCCACAUGGUUGGCUACAGGACUGAGGAACAUGAGGCUUCGUCAAAGGCUUCCUGAGGUGCAAACGGUUCAGGGGAACGGCAAAAAUAAGUUACGCCCAUUCGCCCACAUCGCGGCUGUCGGCCAAGGACAAAAUUAG